UUUUAUCUUAUAAUUGGUGUUGCUAACCAACAUUUACAUUUUGUAGUUUGAUUUGUUUGUUGGGACAAAUAAUGUACAUUUUGAAUUCACAAAUCACACUAUUCGUCAGAGAUAAAUUUCAUUGCCAAAGAAUACAAGAUGAUUAUAAUAAAUUUACAUUAUUUGGGGUAGUGAUUUUUAAACGUUAGUAUGCAUGAGAAUCACUUAAAGACAAAGAUUGAAGUGCAGAUUUCAGUUAGCACACCCAGAGAAUUUGAUUCAAGAUCUAGAGGGAAGACCAGGAGUUGACUUUGAAAAAAAAACAACCCAAGACUCCCAAGUAAUUAUUUAUGCAUAUGGUUCACACACUAUGGUUUGAGAAACACGGACUCCAUCUCAAAGUCUUUAUAACGCUCAGAUUUGGGGAAUAUUAUUGCCUGUAUGUUAUCAUAUUGAAGUUAUCAAUUUGAACGCGUGGUGGCAGUGCAGGCUAAGAGAGUGAAUAAAGCUCUGCAGAUUCGGUGGACUCCAUUUUAUUCAGAGACCCCCUCUCCCCUCAAAUACAGGACACAUUUACAGCUAGAGCAAAGUUAGAAGUAUUCAGGAAGGCAGUCGUCACCAGAGAAGUUAUAAGACAAAUUCGAAAUUCAACAGCAAAGAGAUUACGGAGGGUAGAUGAUGGACGUGGUGAUUGGGACUGGAAAAGGAUUUUUUCCUCUGGAAUCAGACCUAAUAGAAAUGGCGCAAACAAAAGUACAUCGCAAGAAAAGGCAAGUGACUAUCCUCAUUAUAUGGAUGAUUUUGUGGGAAGUGGGUUCAGAAUCGAUUCAAUAUUCUGUACUGGAGGAGACAGGAAGUGGCACGUUUGUGGCCAAUUUGACAAAGGAUCUGGGACUCAAGAGAGGAGAGCUGGCUGAGCGGGGUGCUCAGGUCGUUUUCAAGGGGAACAGACAGCAUUUGCAGCUUGACCCACAGACUUAUGAUUUGCUGCUAAAUGAGAAACUGGACCGGGAAGAGCUGUGCGGUUCCACUGAGCCCUGUGUGCUACCUUUCCAAGUAUUACUGGAAAAUCCCUUGCAGUUUUUUCAGGCUGCUUUACGAGUCAGAGAUAUAAAUGACCACGCCCCAGAGUUCCCAACCAGAGAAAUGCUACUAAAAAUAUCAGAAAUUACUAAACCAGGAAAGCUAUUUCCUUUGAAAAUGGCACAGGAUUUAGACGCUGGUAGCAACGGUCUUCAGAGCUACAUAAUCAGCUCCAAUCCUCAUUUCCACGUUCUCACUCGCAAUCGCAGCGACGGCAGGAAGUUCCCGGAGCUGGUGCUAGACAAAGCCUUGGACCGGGAGGAGCAGCCCGAGCUUAGGCUUACCCUCACAGCACUGGAUGGUGGGUCUCCGCCGCGUUCUGGAACCACGGAGAUUCAGAUACUGGUCUUGGACAUCAAUGACAACGCCCCCGAGUUUGCUCAGGAGCAAUAUGAGGCGCAAAUCCCUGAAAACAAUUCCCUGGGCUCUCUGAUUAUCACCGUCUCAGCGAGGGAUUUAGAUGCUGGAUCUUUUGGGGAAGUAUCUUACGCCCUAUUUCAGGUAGAUGACAUUAAUCAGCCCUUCGAAAUAAACGCAAUUACAGGCGAAAUUCGACUGAGAAAGACUUUGGAUUUUGAGGAAUUUCAAUCUUACCAUGUGGAUAUUGAGGCUACAGAUGGCGGGGGACUAUCAGGAAAAUGCUCUUUGGUCAUCAAGGUUCUGGACGUAAAUGACAACACUCCUGAAUUGACCAUGUCCUCACUCACCAGUCCCAUUGCCGAAAACCUGCCAGACAUCAUAGUGGCAGUUUUCAGUGUAUCAGAUGCAGAUUCUGGACAAAAUCAACAGAUUGUUUGCUCUAUAGAUGACAAUCUCCCCUUUCUUCUAAGACCAUCAGUGGAGAAUUUCUACACAUUGGUGACUGAAGGAGCGCUGGAUAGAGAGAGCCAGGCCGAGUACAACAUCACCAUCACCGUCACCGACUUGGGGACCCCCAGGCUGAAAACGCAGCACAACAUAACCGUGACGGUCUCCGACGUCAACGACAACGCCCCCGCCUUCAGCCAAACCACCUACACCCUGCGCGUCCGCGAGAACAACAGCCCCGCCCUGCACAUCGGCAGCGUGAGCGCCACGGACAGGGACUCGGGCGCCAACGCGCAGGUCACCUACUCGCUGCUGCCGCCCGCGGACCCGCAGCUGCCCCUGGCCUCCCUGGUGUCCAUCAACGCGGACAACGGGCAGCUGUUCGCGCUCAGGUCCCUGGAUUACGAGGCGCUGCAGGCGUUCGAGUUCGGCGUGCGCGCGACCGACCGCGGCUCGCCCGCGCUCAGCAGCCAGGCGCGGGUGCGCGUGCUGGUGCUGGACGACAACGACAACGCGCCCUUCGUGCUGUACCCGCCGCAGAACGGCUCUGCGCCCUGCACCGAGCUGGUGCCCAGGGCGGCCGAGGCGGGCUACCUGGUGACCAAGGUGGUGGCGGUGGACGGCGACUCGGGCCAGAACGCCUGGCUGUCGUACCAGCUGCUCAAGGCCACGGAGCCCGGGCUGUUCGGCGUGUGGGCGCACAACGGCGAGGUGCGCACGGCGCGGCUGCUGAGCGAGCGCGACGCCGUCAAGCACAGGCUGGUGGUGCUGGUCAAGGACAAUGGCGAGCCGCCGCGCUCGGCCAGCGUCACGCUGCACGUGCUGCUGGUGGACGGCUUCUCGCAGCCCUACCUGCCGCUCCCGGAGGUGGCGGCGGCCGAGGCGCGGGCCGACCCGCUCACCGUCUACUUGGUCGUCGCCUUGGCGUCCGUGUCGUCGCUCUUCCUGUUCUCGGUGCUGGUGUUCGUGGCGGUGCGGCUGUGCAGGCGGAGCCGGGCGGCGUCUGCGGGUCGCUGCUCGGGGCCUGAGGGCCACUUUCCGGGCCACCUGGUGGACGUCAGCGGCGCGGGGACGCUGUCCCAGAGCUACCAGUACGAGGGCAUUGGAAAGGAAAUGGAGGAAAGCCCCACGGUUCGGGAUAGUUUCUUAUUCAGUUAAGUAUUCUAUUCAGCUCUUUUGAAAAUCUCUUUUAACUCAAAGUUACAUGUUAUUGAUGGUCCGAUUUUAAUUAUUUACGACACGUCCUUAGAUUGAGAAAAAAUCAGAUACUGAGUAUACACAGUAUUUUCCCUAUGCUAUGGUUAGUAGAUUUUUG